AAACAUUUUAUGCAAAAAUUAUAAAUUUAGUUAACAAAAAAAAUUAGUGUCAAUUUUUUAUAUAUAUAUAUUUUUUAAAUAGUAUAGUAAAUGUGUGGAUCAAUAAUCAUGUAUUURACGGCACUUUUAYUAUUGRCUUUAAAUCAAUGUAUUAUUAUUAUUUUUGCUUAUAAUGGCAAUUAUAAUAAUAAUAAUGGACAGUAUGGUGGAGUAGUAGGAGGUGUAGGUCCCUAUAGAAAUCCCUAUGUUGUCUAUAACAAACCAAUGUAUUAUCCACCAGCAUUGUAUUAUCAAGCACCGGGUGAUGGUGGCUAUCCAGAAGCAGGAGGAGGAGGUGGAGGAGGAGGUCAUUAUUACCCACCGAAGCCAUCAAACCCCUGCGAUAAUAUCCAUUGCGCUUAUGGAUAUAAAUGUGGAUGCCUGAGCAAGUGUCCCCGUACUUGCAAUGACAAACGUGGUGUCGGUGGUGUCGGUAAAAGGAGAUCCUGUUAUUAUAGUCAGCAACAAAAACGGAAAUGUAUUGUCGGCUGUAUAUGCGAUGACGGCUUUGUACUUAAUGAUGACCAGUGUAUACCCAAAGACAACUGUCCAUUGAUAACAAAAGCUCCGGUAACUGCUGAAACUCCCGUUACCAAUCCUACACAACCACCUAAUGAUUGUGAUUCAAUUAGAUGUCCAGUUGGCACAAAAUGUGGCUGUCCACCUAGUAAUCCAGCUACUUGUGCAAAUCCUAAACCAGGUUCACCCAUCAUCGAUGAUCCCGAUAACUGUACCGUUCAAUGUUAUCCUGUUUGUCGUAAAGGCUAUUUAUUGGAUAAACCAAACGGCUUAUGUAUUAAACAGGCUAACUGUCCAGGCUAUUGUAUACAUAAGCGAAACCAUGAAAAAUGGUAUGAAUGCAGUACUAAGGGCUGUGAACGUACCUGUCAUCGCCCGAACCCAGUGUGUCCGMWAAUAUGCCGCCGACCGGGCAAUUGGGACUGUCUGGACGGUUAUGUUCGGGAAAAGUCGGUCAACUCGAGUCGGUGUAUACCGAUUAACAAGUGUCUGUCGACUACCGAUCUGGGCUACCCGUGCCCGGUAAAUGAGGAAUGGAAAAAYUGUAGUACUGUACAGUGUGAACGUACCUGUGCCCGACCCAAUCCUAUAUGUAUACAUAGUUGUCUGGGACCGGGCAAUUGUGAUUGUAAGCCACAGUUUGUCAGGGAUUUGAAAACCUGUCGGUGUGUACACAAAGAUAGCCAGUAUUGUCGCAAACAAUUUGAUCCAAAGUAUUGGUUUGAAGUCUAAAAGAAAGAAAACUCAAACUAAACUAAAGUCUAAUUUAUUUUAUUUUAAAUAAUAAUUAUUAGUUUUUGAAGUUUUUAGACUAUAAUAUAUAUUUUACUGUACCUACCGGUGCCGGCGCUGACUAACUGACCGCUAACACAAUGUAUAACACAAUUUAUUUUCAAUUUUUUUUAUCAAUUUUAUCAAUUUGUUUUUUUUUGGUGA